AGAAUAUUGGGUCAACUUUUUAGCUGAGAGCACGGGCUGUGGGCCACGCUCUAUGAGGUUCAAGGAGGAUGACCUCUCAGUACGAAAACAUUUAAAGGUCUUUGUUGGAGGUUUGCCAGACUCGGCGGAUGAAAGAGAGGUUGAGAGACAUUUUGGGAAGUACGGGCACAUUGUCCAUUGCAAUGUUUGCCCUCCCAAGGAAGGUGAGAAGAACAAGGCACCGUAUGCCUUCGUGAGCUUCAGAUUUGCAGCUGAUGCCGACUGUGCAGUAGUUGACACCCAAAACUUCCCAGGGGUGCAGAGGCAACUUGCCAUGGGGUUUGCAACACCAAGAAAAAAGGAUGAAGAGUUGAAGGAGAAGCAGGAUUCUAUGCUCAGCGAUUCUGAUCCCUGCAAGGUCUUUGUGGGUGGCAUCAGUGAUCGAGACGGCGAAGAGGAGGUUGGUGACUUCUUCUCCCAAUGGGGUCUCGUCACGCUGAUCUACAGGGACAAAGCCUCCUGGGGGUUCGUGCACUUCGCGACCAAAGAGGGUGCGAUGCGCGUUCUCGAAGAGAGCAGUAUUACAUUCCACAGAAGGAAGCUUGACAUCAAGAAAGCCUCGGAGUCGAAGAAGGUGAUGAGCGACGAUGAGAGGCAUGUUUAUGUGAAGAGGGCUAUUGAAAGGCAUUUCCACAAGAAGACUGCGCCACCACAUCCAGGCUACCCACCUGCAGGUGGUUACUAUCCGCCUCCUCCAGGCUACUAUGGAUCGCCACCACCAGGCUACCCUGGCUAUCCUCCUCCUAGUUAUCAACCACCAGGAUAUCCACCGCCUAGCUAUCCUGGAGGAGCAUACGGAUCACCGUUUCGCUCUAGAUCACCCUUCCGCUCUAGAUCACCGCCUCCAAGCGAUCCAUACGGUGCGCCUAGCUAUCCUGGAGGAGCAUAUGGAGCUCCGCCCAGAACAUGUUUGUUGUUUGCGCAUCCAGGCCUCCAAGCGAUCCAUAUGGUGCGCCUAGCUAUCCUGGAGGAGCAUAUGGAGCUCCGCCUCCAAGCGAUCCAUAUGGUGGGUCCAGGUGCACUCCUUGUUGCGCCUCCAAGCGAUCCAUACGGUGCGUCCAGGUACCUACCUUACUGAUCCGAGGCAGGCAUCCAAGCUGACCAGUUUCAGAAUAGCUGACCAGUUCGGCUUGGAGUCGCAGUCUAGCAGCCUAGCAUGUAUAUGUAUAUGUAUACACACCAUAUCUAGCAAAGCCGAUAUGCUAGAAACCGCGAAGACAAACGUGUUAAACGAGUUACACUGAAUG